AUGUUUCCGCGGCCCCGCCGGAGAUUUGCUUUCGCGGCUGUCCAUGAUAUGGACGCGCCGUCGGCUUCUUUCGUUCAAAGCGUGAACCAAAAUGGAGAUGCGCGUGAGGGAGAACUGCCUUCGCUUGAUGCUGCGACGGCGAAAGCUGGCUCGGAAGGACUGCUGACGAAACAGUUUGGCGGCAGGAAGGCCGCGUCGAGCAAUCCCGCGUCCGGUGACCGUUCCCCGCUGGGUCGCGGCUCUCACCCUUCAUCAGGCCUUGCCUCUCACGACAGUCUGCUGGCUCUUCUCCGGUCGCUUGGUUCCGAUGAAAAGGAAACCACAGACGGCGCGGUUGGUCCGGCUGCCGACCAGAGCACCCCAUCUCGCGUCGGCGAUGCUUCCCCGCUGCCGAAGAAAGGCGCCUCGUUAUCUUCUCGUUUUGCAGCCUCCACCCUAAAGCCUGCUUCGAAGGUAUCCUCGUUGUCUUCUCUCCCUGGAUCCCGCACCGGAAGGUCAGCGUCUGGCGUCGCUCUGGUGCAGAAGGCAAGCUUGCGAGGCAAGGGCCCCGCUGGACCGCUCAGUCCUCCCGCACCUUCCGGUCCAGCUCUUUUGCCCAAAGGCGGAUCCCGGAGCUCGGUCAGGGAACCGAUGGCGGAGGGGAAAGAGAACGCUGUGGGUGAACUGGAGAGAACCGGGCCCCGGCAACACUCGGAGAAGGAAGGCGAGAAGAAGAGCCGCGCGUCGAGUACGUCCGGGUCUGCCGCACAGGGUGACAGCCCGACACUCCUGAAUGCCGCCUCUCUGUAUCCUCCGGAGAGAUCCUCAUUCUUUUCCUCCGAGUUCAGUUACGUCGCAGAAGACGAGGGGCCAUUCGAUGCACUCUCUCCCUCUCAGUCAGCGCGCCGGUCACUGGGCUCAGCGCGGUGGUCUGCGCAAGAACAGGAGGAACAGGGUAGGGAAGACAGAGUCUUGCCUCUGUUGACUCUUCCCGUACAAACCCUUCCUCUUGGCGGGGAACAGGACGUGUCCAACGGCCUCGCGAGUCCCAGAGAACCGACUGCUCAGGGGGUUUCCAAGGACCGCUCUUUGCCCUGGGAGCAGGCUGCGGCGGCCCACGUACAACAAGACAGAGAGCGGUUUGCAGAGGAUCAUUCUCGAGCCCGGUUUCCUCUCGUCUCCGAUCUGUUCUCCCCGACAGACAAGACCGCUUAUCUAGGCAUGCUGGACGCGUACGGCAAACCGAGACGGAGGCGAGCUCUCUGCUUCUCUGUGAUCGGCUUCUGUUCGAUCUUCAUCACCUUGUUUCGCGAUGGCGUGCCAAGGAAACACCCGUCUCACCCCCGCAUCCCCCCUGUGUCGCCUUGGAGCCUGACCUGUCUCGCGUCCUUCCAUCGCUUCGCCCACCUUGCUUCUCUGCCCGAGCCGCGCCCUGACCUCGAAUGUGGGGAGUUCCGGCCGGCGCAUGAUUUGAAGUCGGAGGCAGACGCCGCGCUAUGCCGCGUUUUCGGCCCCGGUCUCGAGCACGCGGAGGCGGGGCGCCUCGCGAACUUCACAAUCCAGGCCGUCAACGCCGACGGGGCCUUCCUGCGAAGCGGAGACGCCUCGUUCACGGUCUACGUGGACCGUGCGAAAGUCCCAGCGGCUGAGCGGCCUGGGACGCGGUGGAGAAACGGGCAAGACACAGACGGCCCGGAAGACGACUACGACUCCGACGCUGAGAGACUGAAUCAGUAUCGGCCUCCAGGCACCCGAUCGGCGCACCGAAGAAGAAAGGAUACGCUCGACGGAUACGUGUACAACCGCGGAGACGGAACCUACACAGUGCACUACUACUGCACAGUGGCCGCGCCUCACUCCAUCUAUGUCUACCUGAAUGAUCGGGUUCUUGUAGCAGACUCGCCCUACCGCGUGAACGUCCAGCCAGGGGCGACAACUGCGGAGUGUUCUGAAGCGUAUGGAGACGGGACCAAGUUCUUCGCUCUGGGAGGCGGCUUCAGUGAAAUCGUCAUCCAAGCCAAGGAUGCCAGCGGCAACAAUGUGAAAACCGGCGGAGACACGUUUACCGUCACGGCCUCGGGCGCUGCCAAAAUUGUCGAAACAACAGACAUGAACGAUGGGACGUAUUGGGUGAAGUACUACGUCCCUCAAGGGGCUGAAAAACACUUCGUCGAGAUCCGCAUUUCCUACCACGGGCGCGCCAUCAAAGGCGCUCCCUUUCGACCGCGCCCUGGCGGUCCUGUUGAGGAUGAACCUCCUCCCGAGCGCCUGAGCGACACCGUGAACGUGACGAAUCCGUUAGACAGCCUCAUGACCCUCGCCGAGAGGUGCCGCGAGCGGUGGAGCCAGACGAAGAAUCCGCCUGCGCUGUCUCCGUAUCCGCCUUUCCCCUCUUUGGAGGAAGCAACGCGUAUCUUGCAGAAGGCCAACCUGGACUACGACGCCGUCGUGCCUCCCAAGUGGGGAAUGCCUCGUGCUUGGGUGACUUUCUGUUUUCCCUUCAGACAGACACCACAGAAGCGCACCUGCGAGAGCACGAUUCAGUCGGUCAUGAAGAACCUCAAGGCGCACGGCCGCGUCGGCAGUUUCCACGACGUCGUCGAGAAGGGCAAUCGCGAACGCUUGAAUCAGUACAUCGACUUCAUCGCACGCUUGCAAGAGGGAAUGGAUGUCACGUACAAGUCUAUCCACUACGCCGUGGUGGAUUCCCUUCCGGUGGCUCUUGAGCUGGAAAACCCCACCGAGGUCCGCGAGGCGCACAGGAAGCGCCGCCAAGACCUUAUCCAGCGUCACAAAAAUAUGGAAAAGAAGGAAGCUGAACUUCGACAACGCGAGGCGCGUUUCAAGGCACAGAGACUGAAAUUCGUCUCCGGGAUGGCAGAAGAACUUGAGCGGCGAAGGAAAGCAGUCGAAGCGGAGAAAGCGGCUCUCAAAGAGAAUACGCAGUACAUUCUCCGCCUUACUCAACUCAGUCUCAAAAAGCACCUGCGCCGGGAAAUGCUUACAGCGUGUGAGCGCGAGCCCGUGGAGGCCUUCAAGUCGAGUUUCUGGCAGCGCGACUUUAGUCGCAUGCUGAUAGAUGUGCCUGCGGCGUCGGAUGGGAAGAAGGCGGGCGCUGAACGUGAAGUCGACGACGAAGACCGCAGCUCGGAAGCCGGUCAGCUGCCUCCGACCAAGCCUGAUGACCCCACACGCCCGUCCGCGUGGCUACAAAAGGGCGAGUUCGUCUCUGGCGGAUCUUCGCCUUUCGGUAUCCAAAGAGUCGCGCAUGAUGCCGACGCUCGGCUCAUUCGCGCGCGGCGCACGUAUGGGGGAGGGAACCCAACGUACGUGUCCUAUUCUCUCGGUUCCUUCGCUCCUCCGCCUUCUGGAGACUCCAGACGACAGGAGUCCCCUCCUGGCAAGAGAGACACACGGCACGGCCUUCCGCCUUCUUCGGGUGGGUCCGACGGCGACGCCGAUCGGCCAACCGGAAUAGACGCAGAGAGCAAAAAAGAGGAAAAGAAACGCGUUCGGUUUGAAGAUCGGAAACACCCUGGUUUUCCCUUCUCAGACCUGCCAAACGAGUUCGCGAUUCCCCAUCCCAGGCCGCCGCCGCCUGCGCCGCCUCCUCGUUAUUUGUGA